AUGACUUAUCGAGCUCUAGAGCUCCUAAAUCUCCCUCCGGAUCAACCCGCUUUACUCCUUGACAUUGGAUGCGGUUCAGGAUUGUCCGGUGAAAUCCUCGAUGAACAGGGUCAUUUGUGGGUCGGUGUGGAUGUCGCUCCGAGUAUGCUUGAGGUCGCGCUUGAACGCGAAGUUGAGGGCGAUCUAUUUUUGCAGGAUAUUGGCCAGGGCUUCGGCUUCCGUCCAGGAAGUUUCGAUGGUGCUAUCAGCAUCUCUGUAAUUCAGUGGCUUCUCAACGCAGAGACGUCACAUCCCACUUCUUCUCCGCCGCAUCGCCUCACUCGCUUUUUUACCACAUUACACGCAUCAUUGCGAAAUCCUUCCCGCGCAGUGUUCCAAUUUUAUCCCACAUCUGACGACCAAAUACAAUUGAUUACCUCCAUAGCUCAAAAAGCUGGAUUCGGCGGUGGCAUUGUCGUUGAUUAUCCUAACUCAAACAAGGCCAAGAAAGUCUUCUUAUGUCUUUUCGUUGGUGGGGGAGGUGGAGCGCAGCAAAUGCCCGAGGGCCUCGAGGCAGGUGAAGAAGAUGGAUCGCGAGUGAGAUUUGAAACGGCGAGAGAAAGGCUGCGCCAAAGGGGAAAGGGCAAAAAGUUGAAGAGUAUCAAGGAUAAAGAUUGGAUUCUGAGGAAGAAAGAGGUAAUUAGAAAGUGGACGCAUGCCAAUCGUUACGAAGGUCAUUGGCCGAUCUUGCUCUUUGCGAAGAUUUACCUUUUGAGAAGAAGAAAUGGUGUACUUGCGAAGGAGCGCAUAGGGGGGCGCGCUCCAAUGAAGAGAGGCCGCCCGCGAAAGAACUUCCCAUACGAAAACAAACCAGUGAGAUCGAACGUCAUUAGAGCGAGCGUAGCACGGGUGUCAUCCAUCACAUCCCGGUACAUCGGACAGCCCCCAGAGGAUUUGGCUACGAGGCAAACUAUCUUGCGGACCAAGCCCCCCAAAAAACUGCCCAGCGGAUCCACUUCCAUCACUGCUUCCAGUUCGCCCCAUAAAAUACGCUCGGGGCUGCGUUCUGGAUCGAAAUCCGGUCAUAUGGAAUCCCUGCACACAUUCCUAUCAUCUCUCGACCUUCCCGCAGAAGAUUUGAUGUUCAAAUUCAGGGAUGCUGGGAUUACCGAUGACCAGCGAUUAAUGCUCUUGGCCAGGCUUCCAGAUCGCCAUGGCUGGAUGACAGAUAACAUUCCUCUCUCCCGCUUUGACCUCAAAAUUGUCGAUGACGGUCUCGCGAAUCUCGUGCAAGGCAAUAGAUAG